AUGCCGCGGAUAGAGGACGGCAGGAGUAGCCUUCACGAAGAUCUCACACCUAUAAUCUCUCCAUUGGCUCCGGAGAUAUUGAGUACCCCCAAUCCUGGGAAAAUAAAGAUCCCAAACAUGACGGCCUUCGAUGGAACGUCCUGCCCAGAGGAACACCUAAUGGCCUACAAAAACCUGAUGUUGCUGUAUAACACUAACCCAUCAUUGUGGUGCAAGUUCUUUCCAACUACCCUUACAGGGGUAACUCUGACGUGGUAUACCUCCCUUCCAGGGGGAAGUAUCCACAACUUUGCCCAACUGGAAGGCAAAUACCUGGGUCAUUUUAUAGCAUCCAGAAGACAGGAAAAAUCAAACUUCCAUUUACUCAGCAUCACACAAUUGGAAGGAGAAUCCAUAUCAUCCUACUUGAAAAAGUUCUAUGAGGCGGUACUGGAAGUAACUGAUUUGGAAGAGUCGGUUGCAUUAAACGCCCUGCUCAAUAGAAUAAAGGCUCAACGGCUGAAGUUCCAGCUGGUCGAGAGCCAAGUAAAGACAUACGCGGAGGCCAUGAAGCAAUGCCAAAGCUAUGUCACAGCUUCCGAAAUAUGCCAGGCACAUGAUCCUAAGAAACGAAGGUCGGAUAAGAAGGAUCUCACUGCCAAUCAUUCCUCAAGAAGCAGAGAGGAACAUUCGUCAAGGAGGGAAAGAAACUACUUGCCACGUCGUCUGGAACCUCCGUCAGAUAUGGGGCCCCCACGAUCUAGACACGUAUAUGUCACUGAAAGGGAGCCCAGGACGCGGAAUCUGUUAGAUGGAGGCAACGAUCCGCUGUUCAACCGGAACAGGAAGGACAUAUUCUUCGCCAUCAGGGAUCAAUUGCCAACUCCACCUCCUACUGCCACCCCCUCUGAUAGACGCAAUUAUAAUCUGUGGUGUGAUUACCACAAAGAGCACGGCCACACUUUGGCCCAAUGCCGCGAACUCGAACGUAUCCUACAUCAAUUAGCCAAUGAGGGGAAGUUGUCCAAGGUCAUCAACCGGAAGGACCAUAAUGCUGGAAGAGAAGCAGAAAGGAGGUCGUGGAAUCAAAGACGCAGAUCCCCAAAAAGGGAUGAGGCUAGGUGCGAAAGUUCCAACACUCAAGGAACUAUCAACAUGAUUUUCGGAGGAUACACUGAAGAAUAUUCUACCAUCCGCGCCGAAAGAAAUAGUGUCCACACUCUGCUAAAAGGGCCCUCAAAAGCCUCGUCUAGUGGACCGAUCAUGAGGUUCGAUGCCACGACCUCCCAAACGCUGCAACAACCUCAUAGUGACCCUCUGGUGGUCACCCUCAAAAUUGGGCAAAUGAAAGUCAAGAGGGUACUCGUAGAUACCGGGAGCACGGCUGAUCUCAUAACAAUGGAGUGCCUGAGAAAAAAUGAAGUUCGAAGAAAAGUACUUCCAACCCCUUGA